CGUGCAGGAGUUCCAGCGUGCACACACACACAUACAUACACACGCACACACACACGCACGCACACACUACGGGAUCUUUUUGAAACUGCACACCUUAGAGACGAUGCAUCUGUCUCGGCCCGUGCUGUAUCUGAGCUUGCUGAUUGCUUUGGGUCCAGUGGUUCUGAGCGACCAGGAGACGCGCCAGCAGCCGUCCGCCGGCAGCCCGGAGGACCCGGAGCCGUGCGCCACCUGCGAGGUCCGGCAGCAGAUCAAGUUCAUGCGACUCAACGCCAUCAAAUCUCAGAUUUUAAGCAAACUGCGGAUGAAGGAACCUCCCAACAUCAGCCGGGACGCGGUGAAGCAGCUCCUGCCCAGAGCGCCGCCGCUGCAGCAGCUGCUCGACCAGUACGACGUGCUGGGGGACGACAACAAGGACGUGGUGAUGGAGGAGGACGACGAGCACGCCACCACGGAGACCAUCAUGAUGAUAGCCACUGCGCCCGAGUCCAUCGCCCGAGCGGACGGGGAACCAAAGUGCUGCCUGUUCUCCUUCACUCAGAAGUUCCAAGCCAGCCGCGUGCUCCGCGCUCAGCUGUGGGUGAACCUGCGCGCGGCGGACGAGGCGACCACCGUGUUCCUGCAGAUCUCCCGCCUGAUGCCGGUCACGGACGGGAGGAGCCGGCACGUGCGCAUCCGCUCCCUGAAGCUCGAAGUGAGCGCCGGGGUCAGCUCCUGGCAAAGCAUCGACGUCAAGCAGGUGUUGACCGUGUGGCUGCGGCAGCCCGAGACCAACUGGGGCAUCGAGAUCAACGCCUUCGACUUGAGGGGGAACGACCUGGCCGUGACCUCCACGGAGCCCGGGGAGGAAGGCCUGCAACCGUUCAUGGAGGUGAAGAUCUCCGAGGGCCCCCGGCGCAACAGGAGAGACUCGGGCCUGGACUGCGACGAGAACUCUCUGGAGUCCCGGUGCUGCCGGUACCCGCUCACCGUGGACUUCGAGGACUUUGGUUGGGACUGGAUUAUUGCCCCGAAGCGCUACAAGGCCAACUAUUGCUCCGGGGAGUGUGAGUACAUGCACCUGCAGAAGUAUCCGCACACCCACCUGGUGAACAAGGCCAACCCCAGAGGGAGCGCCGGGCCCUGCUGCACCCCCACCAAGAUGUCGCCCAUCAACAUGCUCUACUUCAACCGAAAGGAGCAGAUCAUCUACGGCAAGAUCCCCUCCAUGGUGGUGGACCGCUGCGGAUGCUCUUGA